UGCACAGCGACACUCAGCUUGAGACGCGGGCGCCGGCGUGGGAACCAGUGUUCGGGGAGAACAUGGAGUCGCUCAGUUGUGGCACCGUCGUCUGCGUGGUCUGCUUGGAGAAACCCAAAUACCGCUGCCCGGCCUGCCUCGUGCCCUACUGCUCAGUGACCUGCUUUCGGAAGCACAAAGAGCAGUGCAACCCUGAAACUCAUCCUGUUGAGAAAAAAAUAGGAUCAGCUGUUCCUGCAAAAACUAUAAGGCCUGUGGAAAACAAAGAUGAUGAUGACUCUGUGGCUGAUUUUCUCAAUAGUGAUGAGGAAGAGGACAGAGUUUCUUUGCAGAGUUUAAAGAAUUUAGGGGAAUCUGCAACAUUAAGAAGCUUAUUGCUCAAUCCACACCUCAGGCAGCUGAUGGUCAGUCUUGAUCAGGGGGACAACAAAGCAAAGCUCAUGAGAGCCUACAUGCAAGAGCCCUUGUUUGUGGAGUUUGCGGACUGCUGCUUAAGAAUUGUGGAGCCAUCCCAGAAUGAGGAUUCUUAAUGUGGAUCAUUGUGCUGCUUGCUCAAGCAUGUGCUUGACUCCCAGAACUUGCUGCUCCUUCCCCAGGAAACUGGCUAGUGUGGGGCCGUGAGCAAGGGAGGUGAUUUCAGGAUGCGGACGGGCUGAUGUAGGUUAUGUAGGUCUUCACCUCUUUCGAUGUGGGCUCAUGUUUCAAGCAGAUAGGGGUACAUAAGGUGGCAAAUCCUUUUUGGAGAGAAAACUUGACAUUCAAAUAGUUUUUAAAUGUUUUAUUUUUGGCAUAGUUAAGAUAGACAUCAUAAAUGAUAUAAUUUAAGUUUUACACCCAUUUGAGUUAAAAACUUGAUCAGUGUUAAUAAAAAUCAAGAUGUGAUGGUUCUAGUGUAUGUUGCAUUGUUCAUCAUCCUUGUUUCAUAAUCUAAUUGUUUGAAAUUACAUUAAA